UAUUUAAUAGCUAUAAUGCCAGAAAUUCAGUUUCAUACGACAUAAAAGGUACCAUGCAGUGACAAAAUUUCCCUGCUAUUAAAAUGAUUACCUUCCACUUUCCCCGUGUAACCUCGUAUUAAAAAAAUUAUGUAAAACUGCUUCGAAAAACGACGCAGUAUAUUACAGAUGAUCAGAGAAAACUGUUCUGUAUUUACUGACAUACAUGAACAAAAAAAAAUAUGUCAAUAUUUAAAGUUAAGAGAAGCGCAACCAUACCUUACCGACUUCAAACUUUUUCCGCAAUACGAACGUGCACAGGGGCCUGUGACAUAAAUUAUCUUUAGCUCAAAAAAUGCCCUCCACUUACAUGUUUGUGUAUAAAGAUUGUAUUACAGACCCAUAUGUACAUGUGAUUGUACCAGUAGAUAUUUAUCGCUCUUAUUCAGCACCUUGACUAUCUCUUACUUCGAUCUUCCGCGUAGAUUUCCUAAGCUGCUCAGCCUCCCCUAUUUUCGACGAGACCUGCACUAAUGAAAUUUGUCACGCAAAAUGCGAGGUCCUAUAGAAUUAGGUCAAAUAAUGUACAUAAACAUGCAUAUCUACAAGAAAAAAGCUCAUUUGGACCAAUGAGUGUUUUGAGUCCAAGCUAGAAUAUAUCAGUUCCAUAACAAAGUUAAAGAUAUUUUCUACAGGAUAUUAUCAAAGAUCUUUAUCCCUCAUUUUUGCCCAUAUUCACCGGCGUUAGCGAAUACAUUAGGUAUUCAAACAAGUACAGUACGUACAAGCUAGAACAAUGGCCUCAUUUAACUUGAAAUAGAGUCUUCGUCAAACGAGAGACUAGAAUAAUGUGAUGUGGCAAUGGACACGUGCACAGAAAUAUAUACAUGCAUAUGGAAAACCACCUGUGGGGCAUGAGGGAAACAUUUGGCAAAUCACCUACCCCCAAUACAGUAUUUUUUCAUUGAACAUGAGGCGAAGCCAAAUCUAUUUCACCGUGAUACCCGCCAUAGUAAUAUCUAACAUAGCAGUACAACUGGUUAUACAAGGACUACUAACUCGUUCUCGUGAGGAGAUAGAUACGGACCAGCAUGCCUCGAGACCAGAAAAAGGACCUCCACUGCCAAGAGUUCUUUGUUGGCUACUUACUGAUCCUCCGGAUCUCGACAAGCGCGUUAUUCACGUCAGAGACACGUGGGCGAGAAGAUGUGACGUCACAUUAUUUAUGAGCUCCAUGGAAAAUAAGACGUUCCCAACAAUUGGUUUACGUGUACCACCCGGUAGAGGACACAUUGCAAAAAAGGCCAAAGCUGCAUGGAAAUACAUUUACGAGCAUCAUCUGAACGAUGCAGAUUUCUUUAUCAAAGCUGACCCUGAUACAUACGUAAUUGUAGAAAAUUUGAAACAUUAUCUAACAUCUAGGGACCCAAAGAGGGCAGAGUUUUAUGGACACCAGUUUUACCCCAGUGAUUGGGAAUUCAACGCUGAUACUAGAAUUAAGAAGUCCUUGUAUAUGAGUGGAGGUCCAGGGUUGGUGCUUAGCAGGGAAGCUGUCAGAUUGCUUGUUACGAAAGCCAUUAAUAGCGACCCGAAAUGCCUGCAGGACGGAGAGGCCGAGGACAUGAAGACGGCGAAGUGCUUGUUAAGUGUUGGUGCCGAACCGGUGGACACUCGGGACGAGUUGGGCAGAGAGCGGUUUAUGAUUUUCCCUCCUUAUGUCCACCUGAAGGGCCACUACGCCGACUGGUAUAAGAAGGGAGACGCUCAUGGGGCAGUGGAGGGUUUUGAAUGCUGUAGCAGGUACCCCAUCUCAUUUCAUUAUAUCAAGCCCGAUGUCAUGUAUGAGAUUGAGUAUUACGUUUAUCGAAUGGAUUACAAAAGAAUUAAUGAAGAAGUCGACUGAAGAUGCGACUGUCUCU